AUGGAAAUGACAAGAACAGACAAGAAACACAAGAACACCAUCUUUGCCUGUGCCUCGGCGUCGUCUAAAGAGUUCAGGUCUAAGAAAAGACACGUCGGCUACGGCUACAUCCUGGCAAUGGUCGAUGGCGUUAAGUUAGGUUGUGUGAAGUGUAAAGUGCUAACCCCUGACUAUCCGCCCAGCAUUGGCCAUUCCACGACACCAGCUCACACCUGCAAGGUACGAACGAAUCUUACAACCAAUCAGCUUCACAACCGCCAGGCUCAGCCAGGAUUAGGUGCCAUUGGAGCCAGGAAGGUCACGCAUCAUAAGGCAGGGCGUGGAAGAGACCGACAGACCGACAGAGUUGUGUUAGAGACAGAUAAGGGCCAGAAAAAACACCCGCGGCCACGGCAUCGUGGAGGCCUGAAGGGAUCGUAG